UGCACAGCCGAGGGAACACCAGAGUUUCAGCCUCUGCUGCCUCAGUUUACCCACUUCUCCUUUACCCCAAGGGAACUAGCAAAGUAGAUGCCCCGGGGUUGGGUUUCGUAAUCUCCUUCCACCUGACCUCCUUCCUUUACUAAUCCUCUUUAGGAACUAAAGUUCUCGCUUUUCCCUGACGUACGCGUGAGCCUUGCGCCAUCCAGCGCUUUAUCUGCCCGCUCGCGCUUAUUGUAUUCCCUACUGAGCCACCGAAACAGAAGAUCAAAACGCGAAGCUCUCCCUCAAUCCCUUCAUCCCGCCCGCGCGCCUGCUUUCUCAGCCCACUCGGAUCGGGAAACGGAAGAUCAACACGCGGCCCGGCGGCCAAGUCGCUCUCCUAUUGGCCAGAGCCGCCUGAGCGGCGCCCGCCCGCCCCUCCCCGUCCUCCCACCUGGGCGGGGCCUCCCCGCGGAGCCCGGGCAGCCUUGAACCCCGCAGCCCCAGCGCCCGCCCGGCCGUCUUAAAGGGGCCGCAGCGGGAUCCAGACACCGGGCCAACCGCUUCCUCGGGACCGGCGUGAGGAGGAGGGAGGUCGGCCAGAAACCCUGGACCGCGAAGAGUGACCACAGUAGCCGACCCUGAGCGAGCCAGUGCGGCGCACACGCCUCGACCCUGGAAGGUGCUCUCCGACCUGGAGGGACGAGGAUGAUUCUCCCAUGGCGCUCUCCCAAACAGGUGUUUUCUCACAGGUGCAUCUCUGACAGGUGGGCCUCAGUAUGCGCAAACCUUUGUCCUGUUGAUCCUCCCCAACUCUGUGCGUCCCUGUGCGGAUGUCCCCAGGUCUCCUCGUCUGGGCUCGACUCCAUACAGGUGCUCCCCGUCUCGACUUCACAGGUCCUUUCACUUCACAGGUAUGUUUCUCAACAGGUGUUGCUCCAGCCAACCCCCCUCUGCCGAUUCCUACCCCCCACAGAAACAACCCCCCGACAAGGAUGCCCCCUUCGUGGGCGAGCCAUGCAGCUCGUCUUUCCAAAACAGGUGUAUUCCAAUCCAGACCGUGUCAGUCAGCUGUCCGAUUCAUUCGUCCAUCCAGCCAUGCUCCGUGCGGAUGUGAUUCAGCGCGGGUGGCUCCCGUGCGCCCUCCCACGGGAACAUCCGUGCACGCGGCUGCUACACAGGUCUGCUCCCCUCCAGGUGCGCCCGCGGCGCGGCCCCGCCCCCUCUGGGCUCCGCCCUCCUAUCUAGGCUCAGGUGCACAAGCCGGAAGUGCGCUCCCCUCCCAGGUGCCCAGUCGCAGGUACCCCCGGCCCGUGAUGCGGUAGCAGUGGCGCGCUCCCGUCUCGGCACCACCACCCCGGCGCCGAGCCCAUGGCGACCCCCGCGCUGGGGCUGCUCCUGGCGAUCGGCCUGCAGCUGCUGCCGGCUCGCUGGGGCCGAGCCUGGGCUCAAGCUGUCUCCACACCGGACCUGCAUUUAAAUGAUACCAGCAGUGUCCCGCCUACGAGCCCCAGCUCCAAUGGGGGCCUGUCCCAGGGGGCCAUCACCGCCAUCAUUGUGGUCUUCUCCAUCCUGGGCGUCCUGGUUGUGGUGCUGCUGUUGGUACUGCUGGUGCGGAAGCUUCGGGAGAAGCGGCAGACGGAGGGCACCUACCGGCCCAGCAGCGAGGAGCAGUUCUCCCAUGCAGCCGAGGCCCAGGCCCCCCAGGACUCGAAGGAGACGGUGCGGGGCUGCCUGCCCAUCUAGGUCUCCUCUCUUCCAUCCAUCUUCCUCCCUUGCUGUGUAACCUGGGGGGAGAUGCUGUGGCCUCCCUGGGCAACCAGACUCACUCAGUGUUUAGGAAUAGAGGGGGGGGGGCGAGGUGCUUCGAAGUCUGCUCGGAGGGCAAAGGAGGGUGGGGCUGCUCAGUUUGUAUAUAUUUAUAUGAAAUUGCCAGAGAGAGAGAUAAUAAAAGCCGUUUGAGCUGCUGCA